AUGCGGCUGAAGGGGCGAGGUGCUCUUUGCCUCAUCCUUGGUUUCCUGGUGCAAAAUGCGGUGGCAACUACAACAACGACAACUACAGAAACCAUGACGUCCACAUUCACGUCCACCCAAACAGUGUCCAGCACGUCUACAUCUACGACUGCCAGCCAGACAGUCACAACGACCGCCACCACAUCUUUUACCCAGACACAGACAGAGUCCACCACCAUGUCUUCCACUCAGACCAUGACAACAGGAACUACCGCUACAAGUACGGGGACAUCCGCGACGUCGACAAGCGCCACGCAGACGACGUCCAUGACCACAUCAAUCAGCAUCACGACAACCACGUCAGUCCCAGGCGUCGAGUAUGUCAACGGAGCUGUGCAGGCGCAGGUCGAGAACUGCACGCAGCUCCAAACAGAUCAAGCCAAGACUGGUCUCCAGGAGAGUAUCGCACAAUUGGCUCAGGUGCCUUCAGACAAAGUGAGCAUCGUUGCCGUAGCGUGCAAUGGGCGACGUCUGGAAUUUCUCGAAACCAGACGACUAGCCACGGUUCCUGCCGACAUAUCUUACUAUGUUGAAGUCCCAGCUGGCGGCGCUGCCGCUGUCAAGGCGACACUCGACGCGGUUUCCAAUACGGUCUUGGCAACGACUUUGCUACAAGGGCUCGCGACGGCCGGUGUUUCGGACGUUGGCAUCACGGUCACAAGCGUGGCCACGACGGUCACAAGCGACAACCCCGCCACCACUGCUACUACGACGCCAGCUGCGACUACGACGACCACCACAACUACUACUUCCAGCUCCGGUGCAGGAGGAAAUCAAGCUGGCGGAGAUGACUCUGCAGUGAUCGUUGUGAUAAUCGUUCUUUGUGUGGUGUUGGUCGCCUGCCUGUUGCCGGUGGGGGGCGUCAUGUAUCGGAAACAGGUGUAUGAUGAUCGCACGAGAGACAUCUCGCUUCUGGAUAGGAAGGUCGACGAGUUGGAACACGGACUAGACCAGCUCGAUACACAGGUGGACCUGUUCACGGGCAAAUACCAGAAAGAGUUAAGUCGGGGCUCCUCGCAAGCCACGGCCGCGCGUGGGGAGCAGGAGAAGGUGAUGCAGGCAGUCGACAAGUACAAGAAGGAGGCCAGGUCUUUCCUUCAGGAGGAGUACACUCCGGAAAUGUUGCGGCGCCAGCCUCCGAUUGAAGCCUCCGCAAGCAAGACCUCGACUGCAUUGACCGGUAAGCAGCCAGAGACACUCCAGAGCCGGCUCUGGCCUACUAUGCCCGCGACACCGUCCACGACCGUGCAAAGCCAGAAGAAGCGAGUCGAAGGGCUUGAGAAGGACAUGACAGCAUUAGGUGGGCAGUUCGCUGCUUUGGUGAAGCUUGUCUUCCCUCAAGGGCUGCCUGAGCUGCCCAGUCCAGGUGUCUUUGGCGCGACGCAGCCAGAGCCUGUAAACCAAAGCUUGGAACAGGAAUCAUCGCUUUUAAAGCCGUUCACCCAUCCAUUGCUGACCAGGGUUUCUGUGAAAGCCCACGGAGUGUUGGGAGCUGCCGAAGGGCAGAAGGACGUGAAGCCCUUCACGCCGAUCCCUGCAGUGAUCGUGGACCCAGCUGGCUGGAGGUAUAUAGGAAAGACAGGUGACGCCAAAGGAGCAGGCGGUGCUGCUGGUGCCAUCUAUGACUGGCUCGGGAUCAAGAAGACCACUGGCAAAUUCCCAGUGGAGGUGCAUGCACAUUUCAACACUCAUACCGAGGAAGAAGCGGAAACUCGUGCCAAGUACUUCGCAUACAACGAUGGAAUGCAUGUGGUGCACGUCAUUGGGCCCAAAAUCCGGGAUCUUCAAUCCGCCCUCCAUGACUUGUCCCGAACGUAUGUCAACGUGUUCGACGAGUUCUGCCGCGUCUUCGAAGGGCCUGCAGCCAGCGGCAGGCCAACCAAUCAGGUGCUGCGGUUGCUGCCCGUGUCAUCUGGAAUCUUCUUGCUCAACCGGAAGUUGGAUCGGUACAUGGCGGAGAUCACGUGGAGUGCUAUCUCCUUGGCCUUUGGCAUGAUGCCUACAGCUCAGCAGGACGUGCUUAGGAACUCUUCCAUCGAAGUCUGUAUUUUCAAGAAGACCGAGUACAAGCUCUACGAGGCUUCACUUGCAAGCAAGGUGGCGCUUCUAGCGGGAGACAAGAUAAAGCUGACUGAGACCAUGGGCAGCGUCCCGAAGAAGUACGGAAACUUUGACUGGAUCCGGAAUAAGAACAGCACGAGCGACCGUCUCGAGAGGCUUGGGUGCUUCAUCAACACGGCUCAUGCUUUGGCCGGGGGUGGCUACACUUUGCCCUCUGGCGAAGCCGUCCCGUUGGAUUCCAGGGCUACGGCACAAAGCACAGAGGUCAUCGAUGCAACGGCAUUCUUGGCCGCCAAGCCCGCCCGAGGCAUCAAAUCCCUGAGGCAUGAUGACCUGACCGUCAUGGAGGUCGCCAUGAAGAUGCAAGCAUCCGGCAAGGCGACCGUGGCCGUGAACGCAGCCUCUGCCUACCAAGUUGGUGGCGGUGUAAUGAGUGGGGGUAGGCACGCCCUGGAAGAGGCAAUGUGCACUACGUCGACCCUGUUGCCAUCAUUGCAAAAGGUUCAGUGGCAGGACAAGCGAUCCUCAAGCCACGCCCAUGGGCAUCUCCACCAGCACAUCCCGGUCACUUCCUGCAUUCUGAGCCCACAGGUGCAGAUCUUCCGGGACACCAGUGCUCGAGGUUAUGCAUUCCAGGAGAAACCCAUAUCACUUGCAGGCGUGUGUAGCAUUGCGAUGUUCAACAUGAACUCACGUGUGGCCGACAGUCCCUUGGAUGCCCCCCAUGACUUCGCGGAGUACUGCCACCAGGUCAAAGACAAAUUUAGAGCGUGCCUGGCUGGCCUACAGAAGUUGAAAGCUUCAGUGCUGGUGUGCCCCGAUGUCGGCUGCGGAGUUUUUGAGAACGAUCCAGAAGUGGUUGGAUGCCUUCUAGGUGAAGCCAUACUCGAGUACGCUGGCGAUUUGGAAGUGGUCACGACGGGCAAGGGUGCGUUUUUCCGUGCUCUGAAGGCAACGGUGGAGGCUGACCCGCCACACCCCCUGAAAGAGACCGCAGCUUCACCACCGGAGUCCUUCCUCCGGUCUUUGCCGAAGCCAAAGGCCAAGGCAAAGGGCAAGCCGCACGGAGCGCCGCCCACCGUCUAUGGGUCUGCAGUCGAAUCUGCGCCGGCAGCGACGCCGGCAGCGACGCCGGCUGCUCCGAAGGCUCCGCAGCCCGCAGAUCCCAAGGCGAAGGCUGCGCCUGCAGCUGCGCAGGCUGCGCAUCCAAAGGCGAAGGCAUCUGCUGUUGAGCCCAAGGCGAAGGCAUCCCAAAGCCAAGUAGUUGCCUGCCUUGAGUCUUGA